GGCGCCGCAGAGCCACAGUGUCCUUGUCAAGCCUCAGCCUCACCGGCAGCAGCGCCGCCGCCAUGAAACGCGACCCGCAGCGCCCCGAGGAACCCCCGAGCUGGCCCGAGGAGCCGCCGGCCCUGGCCUCCCUCCUCUCAGCUCUCUCUUCUCCCCCGGGAGAGACGGAGGGUGCGGAGCCGAAGCUGACGCCGCCGGUGUGGAUCUUCGGGUACGGGUCGCUGGUGUGGCGCCCAGGCUUCGAGUUCACGUCGAGCAAGGUGGGCUUCAUCCGUGGCUACAGCCGCCGCUUCUGGCAGGGGGACACCUUCCACCGCGGCAGCGAGAGGAUGCCCGGCCGUGUGGUGACGCUGCUGGAGGACUGCGGGGCAUGCACAUGGGGUGUAGCCUAUGAAGUCCGUGGGGAGCAAAUUGCUGCAUCACUUCAGUAUCUCAACAUGCGAGAAGCUGUCCUGGGAGGCUAUGACACCAAGCUGGUGAAGUUCCACCCUCAGGAGAAAGAUGGAGAGGAACCUAUCCUGGCUCUUGUUUACAUUGCCACACCCCAGAACCCAUCUUACCUCGGCCCAGCAUCUGAAGAGGACAUUGCUGCUCAAAUCAUUGUCUCAAGUGGUUGUGCUGGUCAUAACAUUGAGUACUUGCUGAGACUGGCAGACUUCAUGCGCUAUUUUUGCCCUCAAGCAGAGGAUAAACAUCUCUUCUCCAUUGAAGAGGCUCUCAUUUCCAUCCUUCCAUGCCUGUACUACACAGAGGACUCUCUAGAGGAAACUGCAAGUGUCCCACAGAAAUCUAAGAGUUGAAAAAUUCUGCAGGGUCCCAGUGGAAGGGACAGAAGGGAGAAAGCAAUGGGGACAGUCUUGACUCUGACAAAGCAUACUGGACUGAGUAGGGAGGAUCAGCAAGUAGCAGGGGAGGGAGGAAGUGGAGUAAAACAUGCUUGCUAUAUAGGACUUGCAAUCAGUACCUCUUACACUCCUUACCUGUAGCACCAUGACAGCCAUCACUGCUUUCCAGGUGGGGAGCAGGGAUCUCUGCUGGAACUUUGCUCUGUAAGACUUGCUUCAGGGUGUCAAACCUGAAUGAAGCACUGAUCUCCUUUAAAGAGGAAAGAGGCUCAGCUGUUUUGUGCACUU